AUGGCUACCACAUUCAACUUCAAGCUUGACCCGUCGUCACUGCCUAAGCUCGCCUCACGCGGCGAGAACUACACAGAAUGGCGCAACAGCUGGACAAUAGCGUUCAGGUAUGCCUCACUCCUUAGCAUCGUCAACGGAAAGAAGUCUAGACCCGCUACUAAUGCAGAAGGUGAAGUAUGGGACUCACAGAAUGACAAAGCCCUUGUCAUGAUCCUGACUUCUGUCCACUUAGAUCUCACCCUUAACGUGGCUUCCUGUGAUACCGCAACGGAAGCCUGGAAGUUCCUGGCUGGACGAUUCGAUCGAGACACUGGUAACACAUCGAUCUAA